AUGGGAAAAUGCAAGGUUGCAACAUUGUUGUUUGGAGUGUUUUUUGCAUUGUGUUGUAUAGAAUUACAAGUUGAAGCAAGAGCAUCUUCAUCUUUAGAUAGAGAAAUUGAAACCAAAUUGAAGCUUCUCAACAAACCUGCAGUGAAAUCCAUCAAGAGUGAAGAUGGAGACAUUAUUGACUGUGUCAACAUUUACAAGCAACCUGCUUUUGACCAUCCUGCCUUAAAAAAUCAUACUAUCAAGCCAAUACCUAGUUUUCUUCUUGAAUAUGAACCUUCAAGCAUGAGUGGUACCCCCAACGCAAGCUCGGAAGUGUUUCAGCUAUGGCAGAAAAGUGGAAGUUGUCCAAAAGAUACCGUCCCUAUUCGUAGAAUUCAGAAGAAAGACUUGUUGAGAGCUUCUUCACUCGAACGCUUUGGACAAAAACCUAAAAUCUAUUCAACCAACAAGACAAAUCUUAACUCCACCAUCCUCGGUGUUAUCGAUGAUUAUGUUAAUCUACAAAAUCGCUCGGAAAUACAUCUUUCCACAUUUGGGUUCAAUUUUAUAGGUGCAAGAGCAAAUAUUAACAUAUGGAAUCCAAAUGUUGAAAAAAAAGGAGAUUUCACUACUGCUCAAAUAUACCUUAAGGCUAGCAAUGGUGAUUUUUUUGAAAGCAUUGAAGCAGGCUGGAUGGUUCAUCCCGAGUUAUAUGGUGACUCUAACUCUCGAUUGUUUGCAGCUUGGACUAGAGAUUCAUACCAUACAACAGGCUGCUUUGAUCUUACUUGUAAAGGAUUUGUGCAUAUAGCCUCAAGUACAGCGCUUGGUGCUACUCUUAGACCUUAUUCAUCCCCAUAUAACCAACAAUAUGAAAUCAACAUUGGAAUAUAUUCGGAUGAGGGUGGGAACUGGUGGCUUAAUAUAAAGAAUGGCACAGUUAUAGGUUAUUGGCCAAAAGAGAUAUUGGGUAAUUUGAAACACAGUGCAACAAUUGUUCAAUGGGGUGGACAAGUGUAUAGUGAUAAGGUGAAAAAAAAGCCUCCUCACACUUCAACACAGAUGGGAAGUGGUGAUUCAGCAUCAACUAGAUUUGGGCGUGCAUGCUACAUGAGCAAUGUGAGAAUUAAGGAUUAUUCAAAAUAUCUCAAGUAUCCAAAAUUUAUAACAACACAUGCUGAUGAACCUUACUGUUACAAUUACUUCAAUGAUGUUGAACAAGGAAAAGAUCCUGUAUUCUAUUUUGGGGGGCCUGGACGAAGUCCUCCAUCUUGUCCUUGA